GUAAAUGUACCUUGGAAGAUCGGACAUGCACAUUGGACAUGCACUUGCCGUCGGCCUGUGGAGUUGCCUGCUUGGCGUUCCCCAUGGCUUUGUCAUUGACCCGUCGACAUCCAAGGAAGACAUUCAGCGCGCAUUCCAUUGUGGCCCUGCGCGAUGGAUCGGUUCGUACAAUGAAUUCUAUCAGAAAUGCGUCUUCUUGAACGCAUCCGAGUCUGUCUUGGUCGUCAACACAACGCUGGACGCGACAUCCUUGUUCGCAGACAUCGACACCCUCGAAUCCAUGCAUGUGUCCACGUCGUCGUACCACAUCGAGCUCGACAUCCAUCUCGACGGCGCCGCGACCACACAGUUCAGCAUGCACAAUGCGUCAAUCGUGUCAUCAGCAGUCUAUAUCUACAGCCAAAACAUCUCCAUCGACACAUCUAGCUGCAUCAACACGACGGCACAAGGUCUCAAGUUUGGUCCAGGCUUCAACAGCGCCGUGACCGUUGGCAGCGCAUACGGCGGCACGGGCGGCGGUGCUCUCUCAAGCACCGACAUGCUCCUUCCAUCCAAGUGCGCUGAUGUCGAUGUCGAGAGCACUAUGUACAUGCAGCCCAUCGGUGAUCUCAAGGGCAGCGUCGGGGACUUUCGCGGCUACGGCAGCGGCGGUGGCACCGACUUGACCCGAGGUGCCGGGUUUGUCCAGCUGAACGCAUCACACACGUUGCAACUCGACGGACUGGUGUUGGCCAACGGCGGCUUUGACUCGGUGUCCACCGCCAGCCGGUCUGGCUCAGGAGGCACCAUUCGCCUGUCGGCGGCCGUUCUAGUCGGAUCUGGACAUGUCGAAGCUUGCGGAGGCAACGCGACGGCCCCUGAUCCAGACUCGUCGGAUGGGGGUGGCGGCGGUGGCGGCGGGGGGCGGGUGGUGCUCGAGUACGAAAAGGGACAUCGAGGCGCCGUGCGUGUCCACGUGCAUGGCGGCACCCACGCGGCGGAGGACAUGCCGUCCCUGGGGUGCCAGGAAGGCGGCGCCGGCACGUUCUUGGAAGUGGUUCGAUCUACUGGCGGGUCGUUGGAGGGCUCGAUAUGGAUCUUGGGGCGCCGCCGCCACACGCCGCCGGCGGGGCAGAUGGCGGGCACCCCGCUGUUCUACCGCACAUCUCGGCGGGAACUCAUGAUCGAGCCGUGGAUGCUGCAUGUGCAUGUGGCCAACCACGCGAUGGUGUUUGCGAGCUCGGUGCAACUGUCCCCUGCCAACAACACUUCGAUCGAGGUAGAAGCAGGGUCGUUCUGGGCCACGCUCAUGUUUAACGACACGAUUCAAUUGGUGGCGUCGACGAUUUCCAUCGCGGGCUAUGUGGGUCCAGUGACCCAAGACAAGCAAAACGUUCUAUUGGUAGCGUAUGACCGAAUCGUGUUGGCAUCGACGUCGCAGCUGGUCGUGUAUUCGCUGACUGGUCAGACUUCAACGUUCGAGUCGAACGGAGCGAUCCUGGCCAGUCAUUUCGUGGCUAUAGAAGCGACCUUGAACGUGCGGCUGGGAGGGCACGUGGACCUCCAGCCGUCGCGUAUCGGCCAGAGGUUUCGUGCGACGACGCUGCGCAGUCACAACGGCAGUGUCGCAGUCAACUUGGAUUCGUCUAGUCAAGUGUUGGUACCGAUGGAGAUCGUAGCGACCAACGGCACUGUGCAGUUGCACGUGUCGUGCGCGUUGAGUGCAGUGUCAAUCGCGGCAGGCCAUGUGGACGUGGUGGGAGGCGCCGACGUCCGUCCGCUGUAUCCGAUCCGAGGCGGCACAGACAUCUGCCGCGUGUGGCCGACGCAGUUGUCGGAGGUUUGCGGUGCGGACCCGCCGCCGCCGUACGCCGUUUCCAUCGCCGCGUCGACGUCCGUGUCGUUUACGCGCUCGUUGGCGGUGGCGUCGCUGCUGGUGUGCAGUCCCGAAGCAAUUAUCAAUGGAACCAUAUCCGCCGAUGGGUUGGGCUGUGCGGACGGGAAAGGGCCAGGGCACAGCCGGGCGGUUCGCAGGUUGGCGAGUGGCGGCGCAGGACACGGCGGGGCUGGCGGGAACGUCAUGCCGGUCAAAGAAGGUGCGGGCGCCGCCUUUGAAACCUCUGGGUGGCCCCAGUGGCCUGGGAGUAGCGCCGCGUCUCACGAAGAAGGCGAGGCGCCGUUCCGUGGAGGCGACGGCGGGGGGUUGCUCGUGUUUGCGGUGAAAGCGAUCGCGAUAGCCAAGGACGGCGUGGUGUCUGUUCGAGGCGGCAACGGUACCCGGGGCGGCGGCGGCGGGUCUGGCGGCACGAUUGUGCUCGGUGGCGUGGCAAACGUGGCUGGUGACGGCGUGCUCGACCUGUCUGGCGGCAGCGGGUCGUCCGUCGGUGCGACUUCUUCGACUGACACGGACGUGACGAAAACGAGCGUCGAAAGCGGCGGCGGCGGCGGCGGGGGUGUCAUGUGGAUCCACUAUCAAGCCCAAGGAAGCGGAAGGGACUUCCAUGGCCAAGUGGUGCUAGCCGGGGGGGUCAGUGCUGGCCAGACAGGAUUGGACGGCGUGGCCACGGGGGAUGCGUGCGGAAGCGGGUGCGGCGGGCUGCUUUGUCUGCCGUGCACCCCCGGCACGUUCAGUCCGGCCGUCGAUGUCGAUUGCACUGCAUGUCCGAUUGGAUCGUAUAGCGAUACCGAGGGCGCCACGACAUGCACUCCGUGCCCCAAAGGACAAUGCAACCCGAACCCCGGCAGUCGCGCGUGCGUUAUGUGUGGUAUGGGGCUGUACUCCCCCACAGAAGGCGCGUCGAUCUGUGUGAAAUGUCCCCGCGGGAGCUACAGCGACGAGAAAGGCGCGUCCGGCUGCACGUUGUGCCCCAACGGCACCAUCGCGCCCGUCGACGGCAGUUCCCACUGCGCCGACUGUGGCGUCGGCGAGACGACGGCGGGGCCGGGGGCCGUCGCGUGUCGCGGGUGUUCUGUCAAGCCCGAGCACGCCACGUACAACAAACACGGGUCGUGCGCGUACAUGUGUGACAAGGGGCACAUUGGACUGGACUGCUUGACUCCAUUCGAAGAGUUUAUUCAACCAAUCGGAGGCCCCGUGGGGUUUGUCGUGCUGUGCUUUGUCACAGUUCUGAGUGUAUUUGGCAUGUACGGGUACGUGUCGUCGUACGGAAACGGCGGCGGGUCGAUCCCUAUAUUGAAGCAGUACACGGCCGUGCGGGCGCCCGCGCCGCCGUCGCCGUCGACGCACCUGCCGCGCCUGACGGACCACCAGCUGACGUUUCACGUUGCGCGCUUGUACUUUGACGGAGCCAACACUCUGUCGCAGCCGUGGCAACUCUCCACCGACCUCGUCGUAAGCCCAAACCUCCGCAAAACCAUGUACGAAGGCUCGUACGCUGGGUUUGCCUCCAAGUGCAAUGCCAUUUGCACCAAUCACGCUGCCGCGUGGAACCGUGUCGCACAUGUACAGCGCCUGGCUCGACUGGUCGUCCCUCCGGUUGCCACGUGGAUGCUGCGACUGUACCAGCGCGCCACAGUAAAACUGCUGUUUGCCUUUGUGACCGAGUACGGCACUGGGUUUUUCCGCGAUCUGGACGUUCAAGUCACGGGCGCGCACUUGAUUCUAGGAUACAGUUCCGACUACUCGUUGGGGUACGUCGACGUGCUGUUGAGCCCGGACGCUGUCCAGCGCACCCACGAGGCGCCGCCGCCGCCGCCGUCGCUGCUAUUCGUCGCCGCCGGCAUUGGAUCGUUCAUGUGUCCGUACUACCUCGACACCAACGACACAUUGCUGCGCGCGGUGCCGUCGCGCGUGGAAAUCCUGCGCGACUCUGUGUGGCUCGAGUUUAUUGCGGCGAUGAACCAGCACCUGCGACUGCUCACUCCGUCGGGGUCGUUGGACGCCAUCUUGGACCACGUGCAUGCGUUCAACGACAGCGACGUGCUCAAUGGUCACACGGUCGAGUUUGGCGUGUAUACGUCGCCUCGACACGAUGCACCACCACCCGGCCGACACGUGUCGUUUGCAGUGUCGAUACCAGACGACUGUUUCGAACGCGUGUUUGAAACGCAGUCGCUCCCCCCUCACUCGAAAUGGGCUAUCUUUAUUGUCCACAAUGAACGUCGUCGUCGUGUUUGCCAUCCUGCGUCGGCGGCCAACAAGACGUCUGCUACAUCCCCCCCACCGCCGCCGCCAUCGAUGCCCGCCGUCAGCUCCAUCCGAUACGCCGCCCUGUACGCCCCAGACCCGUCCUCUUUGCUGUCGGCCCACACAACGCCCCUGCUUGAAGACGACUCGUCCGCCGCCAGUCGUCCAUCCAAGAUGCGGCGGACAUCGCCGUCCGUGGAUCUGUCGGCGUGGAGGUCCUCCGUGCCCGUCCUACUCGCGCCGUGGUCGCAUGUGCAAGUGGUGGCUACCCCAUACACGUGGCUGCUACCGUACUCGUUGCUGCUGCUGCUGUCGGUGGACUUUUUCACCAUGUUGUGGAUCUUGAUCGAGUACUUUUGCAUUCAAGUACUGGACCCUAUGGCCCAAGGCACGGGGUGUUCGCAGGUGGCGUUUGAGCUUUUGCUCCUGUGCAUGCCUGGAGCGGUGCUGGGCGCGCCUGUCCUCGGCAUCGUGUUUGUACUCCAGCGGCACUCGCUGCUCGGCCGAUUGUUUAUCUUGUGGACGCAUGUAUGCUGGAUCAACAUGCUCGGGGCACUCGUAAGCGAUGCCGUGUACCAUGCGUACCUGGGCGAGUACGUGCUGGGGCUGGUGCUGGCGGUGAUGGCCAUCAAGUACGCCGAGGCCCAUGUGGGGCUGUACGUGCUGGCGCAGUUCGAAGGCCGCCGCAUGGGGCGGGGGUGGAAGGGGCUGUUCACCACGCAAGAGUAUUACGACGCAGCGUACCGGCGAUUUUAGAUAUUGAUUAUUCCAAACUGGAGCGACAUAUAUGGAGAAGGAAUGUGUUGACACCAUAAAUGUACACGAGAAUAGGAUAUAUUUAGCCAAUCAGAUU